AGUGUGAAAAAGCGAAAAGAAUUUUAACAUCUGCUACAAUUGCCAGAAUUGACAUCGAUUCUCUGAAAAAUGGUAUCGACUUUCACAGUUCGAUUACUCGCGUUCGUUUUGAAGAGUUAAAUGCUGACUUCUUUCAAAAAAUAAUGGAAUGUGUCGAAAACGCGAUCCAAAAUGUUGGAAAUCGAAUCGACAAAACUCAAAUUGAUCAUGUUGUUUUAGUGGGAGGCUCGUCUCGUGAUCCCAAAAUACAGAAAAUGUUGCGAGAUAUCUUCGACGGAAAGGAAUUGAACAAAUCCAUCAAUCCGGAUGAAGCGGUAGCAUACGGAGCUACCGCGCUAGCAGCCAUACUGAACGGCGUGGAGGAGGUGCGAGACGUGGUGCUAUUUGACGUUACACCCUUGUCUUUAGGCCUUGCUGUUAAAAACAGAAAUGGGCCUGAUCUUAAGAUGUGUAAAGUAAUUAAACGUAAUACUUUAAUUCCUGCCAAACUAACAAAGCCUUUUUUCACAUCAUAUGAUAAUCAAACCAAAGCAAGUAUCGACGUAUAUGAAGGCGAAUACGAUUUUACGAAAGAUAAUCAUUUGCUUGGUAAAUUUACUCUUUCCGGUAUCCCUCCUGCACCUGCCGGCGUUGCUGAAAUCGAUGUCACAUUGGAAAUCGAUGUUAACGGUAUCUUAAACGUGACCGCUGUCGAAAAAUCAACAAGCAACUCCCGACAAAUUACCAUCUCGUAUGAUCGCGGUCGUCUCAGUAAGGAUGAAAUAGAACGUAUGAUAAAAGAUGCCGAAGAAUGUCGAGUCUUGAAAAAAAAACGGAAGGCUGCAUUACUCGCCAAGAAUUCUUUAGAAUCGUACUGUGUCGAUGUCAAGAGCAUCGUGGAAGAUCCGGAAUUGAAAAAUAAAAUCGACGAAUCCGAUAAAAACAUCAUUUUGAAGAAAUGCGAGGAAACCAUUGUCUGGUUGGAGGAUUCUGACCGGACUCUUGAAACAAGAGUGUAUGAACUUAAGCACGAAGAAUUGAAAACCGUAUUUGACGUGAUCAUUUCGAUAGCUAACUAUUCUGGUAAAAAAGAAGACAAAUAUUACGAAAUAUUAAACGUUGAAAAAAAUGCUUCUUUGAACGAUAUCGAAAGAGCUUUCAGGAAAGUGAGUUUUAAAUAUCAUCCCGACAAAUGCCAAGUAGACCAGGAAGUUGGAAAUAUGUUUUGGCUGACUCUUACAAAAGCGAGAAAAUCUCUUAUUGAUCUUGCGAAUCAGAGGUUAAAUCAAUCGUAAAUAUCUGUGAUGAACGGAUAUUGUUUCAAAAUAGGUAUACUUGCAUACCCAUUGCCUAUCUAAGUACGUAGAUAUGUUACGUAUAGCUUCCUUACUCUACGUCUAUGUAUUGUUUUAUAUUAUUUCUGCUUGUGCCAAUUUCUAUUUAGGCUAAUAAAAAGUAGUCGUAAUGAAUGAAAAAUUUAUUUACCAAAAUUAUUCAUGU